GGGAGCAAAGAGGAAGCGCCUGGCCCCGCACUUCCCUGCCGCGCUUGGGGAGAGGCCGCCUCUGUCCUGCAUUCCAGUUCCAGGUGCGCAGUGCUCUAUUCGGCACCCAGACCGGUUCCCGCCGCCCUCCUCGCGGUCUCUGCCUCUCAGCCCCCGGACCCCACGCCCCUGCGCCCCGGCGGAUGUCCUGAGUCGCCACCCGUUCGCUCCGCGCCCCGGGGCCACGGCUGCUCGGGGAAGUCGGGGCGCGCGCGCCGGGUAUGCGCCGUCAGCAUGGGCUCGUGGCUCGGCGAGGUACAGUGGCUCAUCCUGGUGUCCCUCUUCGUCGCGGCCCUGGGCACGGUGGGCCUGUACUUGGCGCAAUGGACGCUGACCAGGGCGCGACCCCCGCCCCGGCGGCGGGCGGAGCCGGACGAGCGACGGCGCCGGGAGUCAGACACGCUCCUGUCCUGGAUACUGACACUGGAUAGCUGGGAGAGCCAGUGGCAAAUGGCCUGGGUGACCGCCCUGAACUACGAGGCCCAAAGAAGAGGGGACCCACUGCAUCUCUCUUUCCAGCAGAACCCACAACCCCAGUCCUUGCAGCUGACAGUUAGAGAAGUCUCCAGUGUGGUCAAGUCAAACCAGGAGAAGAUGGUGAUCUGUCAUGUGGUGGGCGAGACCCUUCAGUUCCUGGUCAGUGCAGGGCCUGCCUCUACCACCAGUUCAGAAUGCCAGCUGUAUGAUGUCCAGCUUUCCCCAUUUCAUUUAAAGAUAGAAUUCCACAUGGAAGAGAAGAGAGAAGACAUUCAGAUCAGGUGGUCUUUCACCCAUGUACCAGAAACAGCCAUCAAGAUCCAGCCCCAGACCCCAGGGCAGAAGCAGGUGCUUGAGGUAAACAUGCUUUCUGAGGCCCUUGUGGAUCUUCUGAAGUACCUAGUUGGUGUUGCCUCUCCAUCUGUGUUUCUGAGCACCAAGCCUUCACGGGCCAAAGAAGCUCAGACCCUACAGUGCACUUCCUCCACUGCUCAGGAACCCUGCCCUCCCAAACCUCCAAGGGCUCAUGAACUAAAACUGCAGGUGAAGAAUAUCCGAGUCUCCCUGCUAACCCACCCUGGUGCUUCAGGCAGCAUUAGCCACGUGUGUGUGGCCCAGCUGAAUGAGCCUGCACAGCAGUUCAUCAGCACCCUAGUGAGAAACACUACAGACCUCUCUUGGGAGGAGGAAUUGACCUUUGAACUGAACGCCAAAUCUAAGGAGCUGCUCUUGCAGAUCUCAGAGAAUGGGUGCUCUCCAGAAGGUCUGCUGGGAACAACAACCAUUCACCUAGACUUAUUUAGGAAGCAGCCUAAUGGCCCACAGACGUUCAGACUGGUCAGCGGGACAGAGCCUGACAGCUUGGUGUUAGGUUCAGUCACCGCAGAGUUUUCUUACAUAGAACCUGGUGAGCCAAAGUCCUGGCCCACUCCUGUUUCUGCUGCAAAGAUAGAAAAGGACCGUACGGUGAUGCCAUGUGGGACUGUGGUCACCACUGUUACUGCUGUGAAGACCAAGCCUCGCUUUGACACUGGGAGGGCAUCCCCUCUGAGCUCAGAGUCCCCCGUGAGGACACCCAUCAAGGUGAAGGUCAUUGAGAAGGACAUCUCUGUCCAGGCUAUUUCGUGCCACAGUGCUCCCGUCAGCAAGACGUUCUCCUCUUCAGACACAGAGCUACUGGUGCUGAAUGGCUCAGAUCCUGUGGCUGAAGUUGCCAUUAGGCAGCUCAGUGAAUCCUCAAAGCUGAAGCUGAAGUCCCCACGGAAGAAAAGUACCAUCAUCAUUUCAGGGGUCUCCAAGACCUCACUGUCUCAGGACCACAGUGCUGCCCUCAUGCUGAACUAUGCAGCUUCUAUGGACAGCACCAACCAAGGGGAUGCCCCAUCCACUCUGUGCCCUCAGGAGGCAGUUGUAGCCUCUUCCACCUCCCCACCUGAAGAUGAGCCAGCCCAGGCCCUACCUGCCCUCAAGCCUAGAGAGGAUGAUCUAGACUCCUGGGACCUGGAGAAGGAAAUCCCAGCAGCAGCAUGGAGCGGUCCAGCCCUACAGGAACCGGAUGGGGACGAACUGUCAGAGAACUCUUUGAGUGCUUCAGAGCUUGGAGCCAUCAAGAAGCAUAAAGGAGGAAUUCUAAGGAAAAGUGCCAAGCUCUUCUUCCGCCGGCGACACCAGCAGAAAGACCCAGGCAUGAGCCAGUCACAUAACGACUUGGUAUUCCUGCAGCAACCGGAGGGGAGGCAGAAGAAGGGGGCAACCCUCAGCCGGCUCCUGAACAAAAAGCUGCUUACCAGGCACAGAGGCAAACACACCGUGAAUGGAGCGACCAGUGAGGCCUGCACGUAGCUCGAGUUACCCCAUCAUCAGAGCUGGAGAAUGGGACCACAGAGACCCCCACCAGAAGAGCAGGAACCAGUCCCAUCGGAUGCGUGCUUUGUCUAGCUUGGGGUUUUUUUUUCUCUCUCUCAAUAAUCUCAGUUUUUAAAGGGAAAAAAAAUCUGCCUGUUUGUCCAGGACGCUUCCCCCGAAGACGGCUGAUAAUGCCGUCCAGUUUGCCAGCAGAUAUUCAGGGCUCGAGCUGUCACCAUGUAAUCCAAGUGUUGAGGUGGACUAUUAGAUAGAUAUUUACAUCAGUAAAGGAUGUGUGCUCUGAUGGACUAUUGAUAGUAGGCAGGAGGGAACCCAGUCCACCUACUUCUUUCUCUCUCCUUCAGGGACUAUUAGGGUUCAUGUCUGGACCAUGUCAUGAGGGAAAGGUGGGCUGUGGGCUGUUGCUAUGAGCAGAAUGGGCCACCUCACAUAUCUUGCUAUUUAGAAUUAAAUACUGCAUCUGGCCCAGGGGACAGUGGUAUAGAUAUAGGCAGGAUUUUUGAGCCAUGAAGAAAUUAUAAUAGGAAAAAGAUAUGCUUUGACAAGUAUUAGAAGGUGUUCGCUUUUGAUAUUAGCCAUAGAAGUUAAAAACUUAUGCAAACACUAAAUGUGUCUUAUGCAGAUUAUGCCAGACACUUCCAGAUUUACUUGAGCCUUCAUGCAGGUAGAGGUGUAGAAAUUCAGAUAUGUUUAUUUCUUAUGCUAGGGUUCUGUUUUUUCCCAUGGCACAGGCAGCACACUAAGCUCAAAUAUGCCGAGGCUGACAUUGGGAGCAAUGACUGAUAUCUUAUAGGACAUGAUCACAAACAUAUAUGGUUCUUGCCAAAUAUAGUCAACAACCAAAACAAGGAACUUUUAGGGCAACUGAAGAAAUUAUUCUGUAUCUUGGGUACCAGUUAGUGUUAGGCAUAGAAGUUUUAUAACAAUGGGCCAAACUUGCAGGAAUUCUUUUUAUGGGCUCUUCAGAAUUCUACUGUGAACAGGGACUUCUGGUCACAUUUUGAGGUAUCCUGGUUUUUCUUUACUGUGGGAAAAUGAUAAAGUUGGCACCUGGGUUCAGUAUCCCCUGUAUCCAUAAGGUAGUGUCCCCGUCUGUGUGCCUGGCGCUGUAGAUUCCCUGGGUCUCACAUUCCUCCAGAGCCAUUGUUCUUGGCGGUUUUGACCUGUUAAUAACAUCCGUUUUCUUCCUAUAACAAUGGAAGGGCUGACAGGAAGACCUGAGUUCUGUCACUGAUAUGAAGUCAGGAAGCUCUGUCUGGCCUCUUCUGUUCAUUAGAAAUAUCAGAGCAAAGUCACUGUUGUUGACCAAAGAUGUCUAUGAAAGCCAAAAUUAUAGUAAUAUGUUCUUUUUUUUCUUCUUCCUGUUUUAGCAAGAGAGAUUGGAAACCCGUAUUAGAAAUCCUUUUUCUUUCUUUCUCUUCAGUUACUUUGUUCUGGGGAUUAAACCUGUGGCUUCUUGCACACUGGACAAGCCCCUCUCUACUGAACUAUUUCCCUGGCCCUCUUUUUACUUUUUUAUUAUUAUGAAGUUAGCUGGGCUGCCUUGUGAUUCGCUCUGUAGCUCAGCAUACCUUGCGACUCUGAUCCUCCUGCCUUCAUCUCUCAGGUAGCUGGAAGUACAGGCCUAAGCCACUAGGCCCAGUGAAUUUUACUUCCAAAUAAACAUAGAAUUAAAAUGAAUUUGAAAAUUCUUGAUGGGUGUGGUUGGGUAGGCCUGUAAUCCCAGCAUUUAGAAGGUGAAGAAAGGAGGAUGUUAGCUUCUAAGCCAGCCUGGGCUACAUGAGACCCCCUUCUAAAAACAGCAACAGAAAUAGAAGAAAAAGAACCUGGAAGAAUCUCAGGUGGUUUUCAGGUGACUUUGAAGAGACACUUUAGUAUAUUUUCACCUUUUGUUAAGUCACUGCAAAUUUCCAGAAUGGAGCCAUCAGUACCAAAUUGGUUCCCAAAGCCAGUAACCCUCAGUACUCUUUUUGGGAAUGGAUGUGACUUAAAUGCUGUGCUUUACUUGAAGUGUUGAUAUUCCGUACAAUGCACAGAAUUGUGACACAUAGCUGUCCAUUUUCAGAGACUGGUGUGUCAGGAAUUCUGAUUUUGAUGCUGUAUUUUCAGUGUGGAGUUGUAGCCCUCAUCUAACAUGCGUGGGGCUAGAGGAAUUUGAGACACCUUUUGGAUCUGGGAAUAUCUUGAUAAGUCUUUACCAUCUGAGCAUCCCUGAAUCCCACAUAUAAAAUUUUCAGAAAUAUGAAGCUCUUUGGACACUAUGGUACACACAGAGUUUUGCGGUUUAGACUUUUGUGUUAGGGAUGCUCAGCUUAUGCAGAUUUUGUUGGUUUGAUUGGUUUUGAUAUUUAUGUUCAGUUUUUCUUUUUUUUUUUUUUUUUUUUGGUUUUUUCGAGACAGGGUUUCUCUGUGGUUUUGGAGCCUGUCCUGGAACUAACUCUUGUAGACCAGGCUGGUCUCGAACUCAGAGAAAUCCGCCUGCCUCUGCCUCCCGAGUGCUGAGAUUAAAGGCGUGCGCCACCACCGCCCGGCCUUAUGUUCAGUUUUUCAAGUGUGAAGGCAUCAGAAUUUUAGGUUAUACUUCCUCUGUCAGCAAUGACAAUAAAAAAGAACAAAUGGUUUUUAGCCAUCCUAGCCUCCAGAUGACCCUGUGAGUAUCCUGCUCCCGGCACCCUACCCACAGCUCAGACCUGUCCUGUAGGGGCUCCAUUGAGCAGCCUUUGCUAAUUGAGAACACCAUCACAGCAGAGGGUGCAGAGAUGGGGGACACAAACAGGUGGCUUCAGGACCUUCCUUGUACUGUGAAGUCUCUUCUCCAAGCUGUUUAUCCUCUUCUGUUUCUUCAUGGUAUAGGGCUGAGCUGAACGUCCUAAGAUUAUGUACCAAUUGCCCACAGCACACAUGUGUAAGUCACCUCUCUCCUACUAUCUCCACUGCAUUCUUUUGUGGCUUCAGGUUCUGUCUUGAUUUUUGGCAGAGUCCUGGUUUUAAAGAAAUUUCUCAUGAACACUAAUUCAGGUGUCUGUAAAUGUAGAAGCAGAUCUCAGGUUGGCUGGAGUGAGCUGGCCACAUUUCCCCUGUCCUCAUGCAGGGACUAAAUAGAGGUGUUUGUGUGUGAUGUUGGUGUAGCAGUAACAAAACUAGGGCUCUCUUGCUCUGGUUGAAAACCUACUAUGAGCAAGAGGAUUUAGACAAAGCACUUUAUUUUAAAUUUUAGUUUCACAAGUUCAAAACCAGCCCUGCUUCCUGGCUAUGGAAGGAAGCCAGCUAUUUACUGCUGACCAGUUCCAAAUCAGAUUUUUGCUUGGGUUUUCCCUGGCCACAUUUACAGAAAAGAGUUGCAAAUGUUCUUCUCAAGCAGAAAGGGAAAGAUUAAUUCAUAUUGCUGCCACCCAAAGUGGUUUUUGUUUUUUUUUUUUUUUUGGUUAAUAAGCUCAGGGCUGACAAUCUUCAACUUUCAAAAUACAAGUUGAUAGAUGGUGGAAGGAAAACGUGUCUCUGUCACACAGAAACAGGUGUGGGUACUGACCCUGAUGACAGGCACUGUCCCCACCAUCUCAACAGGCCAAGACCUGAGGACCAAAGCACCUGCAUGGAGACAAAGACACUGUUCAAACCAGCAGUACAAGCUCCCUUCACCUCUGGCUAUUUAUGUAAAAUGUCCCUGUUCUGUGUAUAAAUAAGUAUUGGAAUCACCAAGCUGCCUGGUUCACUUUGCUGAUGGUGGAGAGGAGAUGUGAUUAUCCCCUGGGCUGUAAGCCAUAGUUUGCUGCCCACUGUCAUGUCAAACCUCUACUGCAAAGAGAAUAAAAGUAAAGGCUUCCCAGGUGUGCGGUGAGCCUGAUGCUGGUGAGUAGCAACUGGCAUCUGUGACAAUGAUUGUAUUUGUUGCAGCACUUUGGAUGUGGUUGUCACCCUGCACCACCCUCGGCAGCGAGACAUGGCUGCACCUGUACUGACCUCUCAAGAAAUAAAUGUGCUCAUGGAAAACAUUGAGCUGAGUGGUU